AUGGACGACGACGAGAUCGCUCUGGAGCCAGGCUACGCUUUCCGCCCUUCCGACGACGGCCUCAUCACCCUCUUCCUCCGCCCCAAGAUCGCCAAGAUCCCCUUCGAGCACCGCCUCAUCAACCACGCCGACGUCUACUCCGCCGAUCCGACGGAGCUCGUCGGCGAGCACAGACCGGCGCCGGGAACCCAUGGGAGCGGCAGCGUCUGGUACUUCUUCUGCUCCCCGCGCUACACCAGCAAGCGCAAGGCCUCCGGGAGGCGGCAGCGCGCGGUCGGCGGCGAGAGCGUGUGGAAGUCGGAGGGCGGCAAGAAGGCCGUGAUCGGCGCCGAUGGCCGCCGCGUCGGGUACCUCCAGAAGUUCUCCUAUCACUACACUGGUCAAGUGUAUGGCGUCUACGAGUCGUCGUCGUCGUCGGGGUCGGCACGCAGCUUCACGAGGCUUGGGUGGUGCAUGACCGAGUACGGCCUCGACGACGACGCCACUGACGGAGCAGACAAGCAGGUGCUCUGCAAGGUCUACCGCUCGCCGCGCGCGGUCUGCGCGGAGGCGCGCACGGCGGCGGCAAAGUGCUCCGGCUCCAAGAGGAAGGCGGACGACGGCGUGGAUCACCCGGAGGCGCCGCCGCCCAGCGCGCGGCCGCGGCAAGAGGAGGCCGGGAGCGAGCACGACGAGCAGUCAUCGGAGCUCCUGCCGGAGUUGGACCUGGACGCGCUGCUGUCGGCGCCGAUGGACGAGAACCUGGAGAGCACGUUCAGCACGGCCGCCACGGAACAAUACAUGAGGUAUCUGUUGAACGACGAGCCUUUGCCGUGGGCUCCGACGACGGAGCUUGUCGACGGCGGCGGCGGCGGCGGAGACGAGUUCAUCCAGACGGCGAACGGACCUUGCAUGGAUGGCGAGGUCUUCACGCGCCUGGCUGCCGGAGAAACGCUCGACGACAUUCUUGGCUCGACGAGUUCUUGA